AUGAAACGAAUUACGUGUACGAUGGGCAGAGCGGCAAACGGAUCUAGUGCAGCCAUGGCGGCGUUAAUGACAUCCCAAGCCACCACCGCCAUUGCUUGCCGCUUCUCCCUCCACCAAGGCCGACCGCUGCCAUUCCGUCGCUCGCUUGCGCUCCUCUCUUCGCCGAGGCGCGUCGCACUCACAACGAGAUGUGGCUCCAGCAGCAGCAGCAGCAGCUCAUCCGCAGAUUCUUCUGGAAAAGGGGCUGAUCCGAAGCAGCUGUUCGCGGUUAUUUACGAAUACGUGCCGGACAUUGUUACCCGUCGCGAGAAGUAUCGCGAGGAGCACGUGCAGCUGUGCCGGUCGCUGGCCGCAGAAGGGAAAAUGGUCGCAGGUGCUGCGACGGGUAACCCUCCCACAGGCGCAUUGCUGAUCGUCCGUGCGAACAAUCGCGAAGAAGUCAUUCGCGAUCUAAUUGACACGGAUCCGUACGUUACCGAAGGGUUGGUCGUGCGACAUUUAGUGGAGCCAUGGACCCCUGUGGUGGGGACAAUGGCCGAACCCCUCCAAAACGUUUGUUAA